AAGAAAUAAUUAAGCGAUUAAUUAAAAUCAGUGCUAAGCAACACACUAAAUUGUCAAAAUGACAAUUUAGUUAUCACUGAUGUUACCUAGCAACUGAAUUUUAAAUAAUUAAUAUACAGAGUGUUUUAAUUAAAACUCGCUAAAAAAACGUUUUUUCUUCACCUAGUGCAAUUUCGUCCAAGAUCGGUGAAAAACAGUUCACAUUUCACAAAAUCACGAAUUUUCUCCCCAGUUUGCGGUUUAUAGCUGGCGCGUGUGGCACACUGACGGUCGCGAACUGCGAAACCCACACUGAGCAGAAUCACAGAAAACGGUACCACGCAUUGAUAGCCCUCUCACUUCGACGCAUUGUGACCCAGCCCCCAAGUCCCCAAUUUAUAUAACGUGAAACACGGAAAAGAGCCACCGGUUGGGUAAGAGAGGAAAUUAUUUACUUAGAGCAAGUGCCGUUACUUUCACGGAUGCGCCCCAAAUGAUGUAAGGAUGCGUUCCGGGGCCCCCAUAAUAGUGAUUAAUUGCGGUGAAGAGAGAAAGUAAUUGCGUUAAUUGGCAUUUGUUGCAAAAUUGAGGUUAAAUUUGGCGGUUUUUGACCUUUAAGGUCACUGAACUCGCUGCCAAUGUGACAAAAACAAAAUUACUUCAUUAAUUGUGUCUAACUUUGAGAGUUUAGUAUUAUUACCACGUUGGGGACUUAUGAAGGUUUUAUUAAACUUUGUUUAGAAUAAUAAAUCUACAAUGACAUGACACAUUUUGAAUUUUUAAUUUUCUCGCAGACAAUUAUGUUUAAAAGACGGAAAAUCGACCUGGGGUCGUGUCUAGAGACUAUUGAGACUUCUCAGCUUCGAAAGAGAGAAAUCAGAGCUGAGAAUUUGCAUUUGGACUAUUUUUCGCUACUCUCGAGCGACGUAGCGAGUGAGUUGAUGCAACAAUUGGAGGAUACAGUUGAAUAUCUCACCGGUGACUUAUCUAAAGUGAAAGUUUUCGGGAAAUGGCACCAAAUUCCGCGACAACAAGCAGCAUAUGGGGACCAAGGGACGAUUUACAAGUUUUCAGGCACUUCAGUCCCUUGUAAACCCUGGACUGAGACUCUGAUUUCAGUUCGUGACCUCCUGAAACGUGUCACGGGGUUUAAUUAUAAUUUUGUUCUUAUAAACAGGUAUCGGGACGGCAAUGACCAUAUAGGGGAGCACAAAGACAACGAAUCUGAGUUAGAUAAGGGCACCCCAAUAGCCUCCUUGUCUCUAGGCCAACAAAGACUGUUUGUUUUAAAACAUCAAGACUGUCGAAAAAAAGAGAGAACCAUAGCUCCAGUCAAAAUUCAACUCCAACACGGGAGUCUUCUCCUGAUGAACCCCCCUACUAAUAAUUACUGGUACCACGCCCUGCCGCCGUGCAAAAGGGCACCAGGGGUGCGACUCAACCUGACUUUCAGGAAAAUCAACCCGAAGAAGACGUAAAUGGGGGUUUCCUACAAUUAUUUCAGCAAAAAUGAAAAAAAAAGUUGUGUUUAUGCAACCAGUUUAACAAAAGUGUGAAAUAAAUAAUGUUUUAGUUUUGGGGCA